AUGAAUAUUAACCAAGGAAAUCUUGAAAUUACAACCGGAUGCAUUGAGAGAGCAUUUAAUUCUACCCCAGCACAAGGGGGCUGCAAUGAUCUAGUGGUGAAAAUACUUCAUAUACAUAAGCCAGAUCACUCGAUAACCCAAAGCAAAAUACGCUUAACAGUGACAGACAACACAAGAGAGCAAGACUGUCUUCUUAGCUCUAAAUAUUCACAGAGCAUAAACAGAAAUGAAAUAGCAGCAGGAGAUAUAAUAAGAAUAGGGGAGAUGGUCUCUGGGACAUACUCCUUAAAGAAGGUUAUUUACAUAAAAGAAAUCUUGGAGAUGCAAAAAGGCAGCAGAAGAGAGGCACCCAUGAGCAGUAUUGGGGCAAGCCCAAGCAAAAGAAAAUUGGACGAAAUGUCAACCAGAGAAACCACAAAAAGAGAUGGAGAGAAGAAGAUAGGCAGUAUAAAGGAGCUGAAUCCAUUCCAGCAGAAGGCAUGGAGCAUCAAAGCAAAAGUAGUAAGUAAAACAACAGUUCGCGAGUACAUGAAAGACGGUCGUGCUGGGAAAGUGUUCAGCAUAAUUGUGACAGACGGAGAGAGCAAGUGCAACAUAAUCUUCUUUACUGAGUUUGUCGAUGGAUUCUUUGACAAAAUACAGAUAUAUAAGACGUAUGAAAUAACAGGAGGAGCAUUAAAGCUGGCAAACAAAAAAUACGUGGAGGAUAUUCAUGACUACGAGAUAUUUGUUGACAGGUCAUUUACAAUCACCCCAACAGAAAACAUGCUAAAUGCCGUUAAGAUGCCAAGUAUGGUGACAAGAAUCUCCAGGCUGCGUGAGAAAAUGAGUGAAGUUGUUUCUCUUCUUGUGGUGAUAAUAACGGUUGGAGAGAUUGAGACAGUGAUCAGAAAGAAGGACCAGGCCACUAUGAAGAAAAGGACCCUAAAAGUAGGGGAUGACUCAGGAGAGGCAGUUCCGUUUGUUCUGUGGGAAGAAACUGCAGAUAUGGACUUUUCAGUCGGAGAUGUCUUGCUAUUGGAGAAUGUCCGAGUGAGCGAGUACCAAAAUAUGCCGCAAAUUGGCAUGGCACGAGAUGGAAUUAUAUCUUUCAAUCCUGAGCUGCCAGAAGUGUUUAAGCUGAAGGGAUGGUACAACAAGAAUGAAGGAAACUUUUCAGUUGCAGAACCAAGAAAGUCAGUUGGAAGGGAGAGACAGAAAACAAAACUGGAAGAAGUUAAGGCAAAUGGGAUGGAGUAUGCGACAGUCAAGUGCACAAUUCUCUAUAUAUCAGAGAAAAGCGUUAUGUACCCAUCAUGCCCAAUGGAUAAUUGUAAUAAGAAAGUGGAGCACCCGGCAGAGUCACCAGAAAACUACUACUGCAGCAAGUGCGACCGUAUUUACACAAAUUGCAGCCAGAGCUACAGUGUGUCUGCGUCAAUAGCAGAUGAUACAUCUUCUGUUUGGCUUUCACUAUUUGGUGAUUCUGCUUCUGUUCUCUUCAAUAACCUAAAGGCAGUGGAGAUGGAAGACUUAUCAACUGAGGACCAUGACGAGUACAAAAAGACCAUAGCCAAGUCAAUAGGGGAAGAAAUGGUCAUAAGAAUUCGAGGAAAAGUACUUUUCCAUAUAAACAUAUAA